UGGCCAGAGACGUGAUGUUCUUGUUAUUUACAUAAGUGACGGGUUUUCUCUGACUGCUCUAUUUUCCAGUAAGCAGUGCUGGAGUCACACACAGAUAGGAUAUAUAAAAGGGAAUGAUCAGAUUUUUGGAUUAACUGGACAUCUAAACAAUAAAACUAGAAGUCGUGAGGAUGAAUUCCUGGCUCGUGCACGCGCUCGCGGUGAUGCUCGUCAUCUGUUGCCGUGACGCCCUCUCGUGUCCAAAGCGAUGUACGUGCCACUUCAGCGCCAAAACAACUGAAGUUGUGUGUCCUGAUGCUGGCCUCUCUCAUUUCCCUGGAGACGGUCUCCCAAGCAACACCACCUCCUUAACCAUUCAGUUCACCAACCUGAGCGUGCUGACCUCUCAACACUUGACAGCCAUCCCGCUGCUGGAGGAGUUACACCUGCCCGGCAACAAACUGAGCAGCUUACCAGCAGAUCUUCUAAAGGGCCUUCAUUACCUGCACACUAUAGACCUCACAGACAAUGAACUGCGAGAGCUCUCUGCUCAUGUUUUCCAUCACGCUCCACUUCUCAACCUGGUGUUGAAAGACAACCGCAUCUCCAGCAUCCACCCGGACUGGUUGCCCAACAACAGCAAUAUUACUUGGUUGGACUUGUCCGGAAACCAUCUCAUAAAAUUCCCAAUGGCCCAGCUCCAAAGUCUGAGUCAGCUAAAGGUCCUGCACCUCUCACAGAACAAAGUCGAAGAGCUUCCAGUUGGGUGUUUCGACGCUCACCCUGCUCUAGAGAGACUUCAUGCAGACCAGAACAAAAUCCAAUCCCUGGAUGUAAAAGCCUUUAGCCGCUCUGGUAACCUGACUCACAUCUUCCUGCAGAAAAAUAGAUUGGAUAGUCUCCCGCCAACUGUAUUCCAGGGGCUCAAGCGCUUGGAGUACGUUGACCUCAGUGAUAACAGGCUGCAGUUUCUGUCCCCUGGCACAUUAGACAUUAAUACCAGUUGGGUGGAGCUGAUCUUAAACCCUUGGCAUUGUGAUGCUAAAAUAGAGUACCUGUGGAGAAAACUGACCAUGGAGUCACUGCAGUCAGAGCCUAAAUGUGCUGCACCAGAGAAUCUGAAAGAUCGUGUCAUCGCAACACUCACCCGCAAAGAAAUGGGCCUGCCGGAGUAAGAGAAACAACAUGAUCUGGAAAAAAGAGGAAGAGGGGACUUUUAACACAACUCACCAUACUGGAUUUAGAAAAAUGGAUCAUGUGAAAGUUUGCAAUGUGCAUUGCAAAAAAAAGAUGAUUUAAUUUUCUUGUUUACGUUCAUUAAAAAUUGUAACAA